AUGACGGCAUCCGAAAAACGGUCACUGCAUUUGGUCGGUAUCGGGGUGACGCACUCGAUUGCUUAUGCAAUGCACAAUCACAUAGCUCAGUCCAUGGAUCUGCCUUGGACAUUCUAUUCGACCGAGUGCGAAACCAUUGAACAUGUCAUGAAGCUGGCCAGAGAUCCGGCGACGGCAGGACUCGUGGUGACCAUGCCAUACAAGAACACCGUCAUGAAGCACCUCGACGAGCUUGAUGACCUGGCAACAGGCAUCGGAGCCUGCAACAAUGUCUACUACAAGAACACCAACUCUGGUAGACGGAUUUGCGGAACCAACACCGACUGGCGAGGCGUCAAGGGCUGCUUGCUUGAAAAGGGCGACGAGAAUCUGCGGCCAAACCCAGACUCCCGUGGCAUUGGUCUCGUUGUAGGCGCUGGUGGUGCUAGCCGUGCCGCCGUCUACGCCCUGGCUGCCCAACUGCACUGCGACACUGUCUACAUUCUUAACAGAGACGACCAGGAGGUGCUCGAUCUGAUUGCCGAUGCAAAGAAGAUCACUGAUGCGACCGUCGUGCAUGUCAAGACUUUGGAGCAAGCGGGAGAACUUGGCAGCCCGUACUAUAUUGUCGGCACUGUACCCGACUUUGAGCCGCAAACGGACGCAGAAAAGACAGUUGCUGCGCUGUUGCAGGAGUUCUUGUCGCGGCCCACAAAGGGCGUACUUUUGGACAUGUGCUUCAAACCCCGACGGACGAGGAUGAUCAAGCUCGCAGAGAAGCUGGAUUGGCCUUGUGUUGAGGGCACUCAUGUUAUUGGGUAUCAAAUUGAAGAGCAGUGGCGCUUGUGGGCAGGAGAGGCACUCUGUAAGCAGAUGGAUCGCCAGGGGGCGUGGAAUGUGUUGAUGGCGGCUGCGGACAGCAGCCCUGGAAUCAAUUUCUAA